UUAUCGUAUACCGGCCGCUUUAUAUAUUAAGCAUGGUGCACUUAACUGAACAACACUUCGGAAGUUUCAAUGAGGAGCCAGUGAAGAAGUUUACUUGGCAAACCAGCAGUGGAUUUUCCGUGUCUGUCAUAUCUUAUGGAGCUAUUGUACAAUCUAUUAAGGUCCCAGACCAAAAUGGUGAAAUAAAAGACGUAGUCCUAGGAUAUGAUACAUUCGAAGACUACGUGACCAAGAACGCUCGGUUCUUCGGCUCUACCAUCGGGAGGUGCGCUAAUAGAAUCCGCGGUGGAACCUUCCAGUUGGAUGGAGUUACUUAUCAACUGGCCAAGAAUAACGGAGACAAUCACUUGCAUGGAGGGAUUAUUGGUUUCAAUAAGGUAAACUGGCAAUCCGUUGUAGACGGCACUAAGGUUGUCUUCAGCUACUUAUCAAAAGAUGGCGAGGAGGGAUAUCCUGGAGAAUUGCUAGUCAACGUGACAUACGAAGUGAAGGAUGAUGACUGCUUAUACAUCGACUUCAAGGCUACUACUGACAAGAAGACGAUCGUCAAUAUGACUAACCAUUCCUAUUUUAACUUGGCUGGUCAUGAGUCCGGCUCGCAAGGGUUGUUUGACCACGUGAUUACUGUUAACGCUGAUAAGAUAACAGAGAGCAACGCAGUAAACAUACCAACCGGGCGUCUUCUUAAAGUUGGAGGAACUCCCUUUGAUUUACGUGUUCCAGUCCGACUUGGAGAUAUUAUCAGCAAACAUGAGAAAUUAUUCGAUCAUAAUUUCUGUGUAUCUGAUAGUGGCAUGGAGGGCCUCAACUUCGUAGCAAAAGUAGAGCACCCUGCAUCAGGUAGAACCCUGGAAGUAUACAGCAACCAGCCUGGUGUUCAGGUCUACACUGGCUACUUCUUACCAGCCCCUGGAGACCAGGCCAUCAUCGGCAAGCAGGGGGUGGAGUAUCGACGAAACGCAGCUUUCUGCCUCGAGACCCAAGUGUACCCUGAUGCUAUUAAUCACCCCCACUUCCCGUCUGUGGUGUUGAAGCCAGGGGAAGUUUAUGAUCAUAGGGUGAUGUACAAUUUUGGUGGUAUGAGGGAAUAAUAUUUUAAUUAUGUGAUAUAAGACAAGUAUCUGUUUGUACUGCUAUGUGUUUGGUUAAUAAAUGUAUUGUAUGAAAGCAACUA